GGGGGCGGGACUUGACGCAACGCUGGUGUGCAUCAAGUGAGAUUAGUGGGAAACAAUAUAACGCGUCCAUAAAAUAAAGCUAGCUAUCUUAACUUUUCCACGCCACCUUUUUAUUGAGGCAGAAUGCCUCGUUACGCCCAGCUCGUGAUGGGCCCGGCGGGUAGCGGUAAGAGUACCUACUGCUCCACCAUGGUCCAGCAUUCAGAGUCCAUAAACCGCUCAGUUCAGGUGGUCAAUCUGGACCCAGCAGCUGAGCACUUUGACUACCCUGUCAUGGCAGACAUCCGUGAGCUGAUCCAGGUGGAUGACGUGAUGGAGGACCAUUCUCUCAGAUUUGGACCCAAUGGAGGCCUGGUGUUUUGCAUGGAGUACUUCGCCAACAACUUUGAUUGGCUGGAGGAAACCCUGGGUCAUGUAGAGGAUGACUAUGUACUGUUUGACUGCCCAGGUCAGAUUGAACUUUACACACACCUCCCUGUAAUGAGGCAGCUGGUGGAGCAGCUCCAGCAGUGGGAGUUUCGGGUGUGUGGGGUCUUUCUGGUGGACUCCCAGUUCAUGGUGGAGUCUUUUAAGUUCAUCUCAGGUGUUAUGGCUGCCCUGAGUGCCAUGGUGUCAUUAGAGAUCCCCCAAGUAAACAUCAUGACAAAAAUGGACUUGCUUAGUCCGAAAGCGAAGAAGGAAAUAGAAAAGUACCUGGACCCAGACAUGUACUCAAUGAUGGAUGAUAACUCAGAUACCAUCAGAAGCACAAAGUUCAGGAAGCUGACUAAAGCCAUAUGCGGUCUGAUUGAUGACUACAGCAUGGUGAGAUUCCUGCCUUUUGAUCGCACAGAUGAGGAAGGUAUUAACAUAGUACUGCAACACAUUGACUUCUCUAUACAGUAUGGAGAGGACCUGGAGUUCAAGGAGCCAAAGGAGGUUGAUGAAGAGCCUGCUAACCUAAAUUAUGAUGAGAUUUUUCAAGACAAAUCCGACAGCUGAGGAGUAACAGGACUACAGGAAAAGAAACUUGGCAAGAGUUAAAACACAUUUGAGACUGAUGAAGAACCAAUAUACACUCAAUGAAGUUCAGGCGAGAAUGGCAUGUGACUGCAAGGACACUGAGAAAGGGCAAAAGACUGACUGAAGAUCAUGAACAUCUUGUGUCAUGUGUUUUUGUUUUUUGUGGCUGCUUUGAUGACACAAACAAAAUGUGUGAUUUCAACCCAUGUGUCAUGUAUUAUUAUUUCAGGACAAUGUUAAAGUUAAAAGAGGUGUUACUAAAUACAUUUAUGAAUGCUAUAUUUUUAAAUAAAAUGUUAAGAGAAAAAAAA